AUGCGUCAGGACGGGCUGGACGAGGGCUUCGUGGGUGAGGAAGACCCCUUGUGUCCGACGAUAUACUUCACGGCGGCGGAAGAACGUACGUACUGUCGCAAAUUCCGGUCAGCUCUCGUCGUUAAAGCGUUGGGGCGAUCAGUAUCAUAUACAGCGAUCUCCCUCCGACUGAACACAAUAUGGGCUAAGGCAGGAGGGAUACAAGUCACAUCCAUGAAGAAUAACUACUUCCUGGUCCGGUUCACCAGUGGUCUAGACUAUGACCGGGCGAUCACGAAUGGUCCAUGGAUGAUUGGUCAGAACUACCUCUCAGUGCAUAUGUGGGAUCGGGAUUUCGAUCUGUACAACCAUGAAAUCUCAUCGACAUUGGUUUGGGCCCGGUUACUCGACAUCCCCAUCCAGUACUUCCACGAGGAUGCUGUGAUGAGAAUUGGUUGUCGCAUUGGGAAACCGGUUCGGAUUGAUGAAGCCACACGCACAGCAGCACGCAGUGACUACGCCCGGGUUUGUGUGCAGGUAGACCUCACGAAGCCCUUGCUAUCGAAAUUCUCAAUCAAGGGCAAACGAUACUUCAUCCAGUACGAAGGGCUAGAGAAAAUAUGCCUGAAGUGCGGGACGUAUACUGAACGCGGUGCAUGCUACUGUAGCCAGACGCAGGUACCAAUGGAAGCUGAAAAUGUGGAGCCUGAGCCCAACUCCCCGCCAUCGCAACAUGAAAAUAUCUAUGGGGAGUGGAUGAUCGCUAAACGUAAACCCCGCCCCGCCAAGAAAGAAGGGGGAUCAACCUCGAACCGGGGAGGAUCGCCUGUCGAAGAAGCGCAUCAGAGGGGAGGGGGCUCGCGUUUUGCGGUGUUGGACGAGGAACCUGACGUGAACAUGGUGCCCCCUGAGGUUGUAAAUGAGAAUAAUGCCCCAAGCAAGACCAAGCAGCAGCGCAUCCAAAGCCGGAACAAGCAUGCUAAGGUGCAUGAACAAGAAAAAAGUGGCCCGGAUGGCAGUGUCCCAACCAGUGAUGUGGGCGACCCAAACCCGACACCUACGCAAGCUGAGGGAAAUGGAAAUAAAUCCUGCUUGGCCAAACCCAUUCAGACUGACCAUGAAAUGCAGGAUACCCUUGUCCGCAGGGAGGACGUAGUUUUGGAGGAGCAGCCCAUGCAAGGUGGCGGGGAGUCAACGGAAACCCAGGACCGGUCACCGCCUAACACCGGGAGGAAAGGCCGGCCCCCCGACACUGGUUCCGGCAGCAACUCCACGAGCUCGGGGCCUCCGGAAGUGACCAUGAAGACAAGAGCUUCGGGGAAACAGGUUGGCGGGAGCGACCCGCCCAAUGCGUAA